ACAAUGCCAUCCCCAUCGACACCUGGACCAGCGACCCGAGCGACCGGUCCCUCAUGGACCUGUUGCCCUUCCUGGAUGCGCUGCGCUUCUGCUCCGAUGUCCGCUCGGUCCUGUCCCUGCGCAACUGCUGA